AUGAGCGUGUUACUUGAAACCUCCCACGGCGACUUGGUCAUCGACUUGCUAGUUGAUGUCGCUCCAAAAGCUUGUGAAAACUUCCUAAAGCUAUGCAAAGUCAAGUAUUACAACUUCUCCCCGGUGCACAGCGUGCAGAAGAAUUUCACCUUCCAAAGCGGUGACCCAAUCGGACCAGGUUCGCCCGACAGCGAUGGGGGAUCUUCAAUAUGGGGUUUACUCAAAGGAUCCGCAUACAAAACUUUCGCCGUUGACAUGCCGCCCAAAUUGAAACAUACAGAUAGAGGCACCGUAAGCAUGGCAACCGUGCCGUCGCCCAAAGACCCGGACGAGCGCCUGGCGGGCAGUCAGUUCAUUGUGACAUUAGGCGAUAACCUCGAUUACCUGGACGGCAAGGCGGCGAUCUUUGGCAAGGUGGUAGAGGGGUUUGAUGUGUUGGAAAAGAUAAACGAGGCCUUUAUCGAUGAUAAUGGUCGACCUCUGAAGGAUAUUCGUAUUCGGCAUACGGUAAUCUUGGACGAUCCUUAUGAUGACCCUCCUGGGUUGCAAGAGCCCCCCGAGAGCCCUUUGCCGUCCAAGGCGCAACUGGCCACAGUGAGGAUAGCCGACGAUGAGGAGCUGGACGAGAAUAUGGAUGAGGAAGCUAUGGAACAGCUUCGACGGGAGCGCGAGGCCCGGGCCCAGGCCUUGACCCUGGAGAUGGUUGGAGAUCUUCCAUUUGCAGAGGUCAAGCCGCCGGAAAACGUGCUUUUUGUGUGCAAGUUAAACCCCGUUACACAAGGCAAUCGUUUUGGGACCAUCCUCUCGUGCGAAGUUAUCCGCGACAAGCGAACAGGGGACAGCUUGCAAUAUGCGUUUAUUGAGUUUGAAAACCAGAAAGACUGCGAACAAGCUUACUUCAAGAUGGAGGGCGUUUUGAUUGACGACCACCGUAUUCAUGUGGAUUUCUCUCAGAGUGUCUCGAAACUGUCAGAUACCUGGCGGCAAGCUACGAUUUCCAAACGACAAGGAGGAGGAUUCGGCGGCAUAUCGAGUCUGGAAAGAAGACGCCAGUACCGCGCCGCUGACGACCACCGUGGCCGAUCUGACCGUUAUGGCAUGGUCUUUGACAAAGACGAGAUGCGCCGCGCACCAAACCGGGAGCCGACAGCUUCACAACCAGCGCGAUCACGUAGUCGCAGCCCCCUGCGCAAAGGUCCUGAGCGGCGCCGCGAUGAGCGAGAUCGCGACAGGGACAGAGAAAGGGAUAGGGAUAGGGAUAGAAAUCGCAACCGGGACAGAUAUUCUCACGACAGAAGGGAUUAUGACAGGCGACGGCGAUAA